AUGGAAGGAGAUGAUGAUAACGACCAUCUCCACCACCACCACCACCACAACCACCGCCUCCUCCACCACCACAACCACCGGAACUUCCCCUUCCAACUCCUCGAAACAAAAGACGAACCCCCCAUUUGCUCCACUAGCUCCUCCUCCUCCCCCACCUUACCUCCACCGCCUCCUCCAAACCCUAGCACCGUCCCCGAGCCCUCCAAGAAGCCCCGCGGGCCCACCAAAGACCGCCACACAAAAGUCGACGGCCGUGGCCGCCGCAUCCGCAUGCCGGCUCUCUGCGCCGCUAGGGUUUUCCAGCUCACCCGCGAGCUCGGCCACCGGUCUGACGGCGAGACCAUCGAGUGGCUCCUCCAGCAGGCCGAGCCUUCCGUCAUUGCCGCCACCGGCACCGGCACAAUCCCGGCCAACUUCACCUCCCUCAGCCUCUCCCUCCGCCGCUCGGGAUCCACCGUCUCCGCCCCCUCCCACCUGAGAUCCGCCCUCCUCCACCGGUCCGUGCCGCCGCCGGCGAAGCAGGAGUUGUUUCAGCCGCCGGAGGAUCACCAGGUCGUCGGGAGCUACCUGAUGCAGACGAGCGUCGGCGUCAUGCCGGCGAGCCACGCGCCGAUCCCGUCGAGCCUGUGGAUGCUGGCGAAUUCGAGCAACGGUCAGGUCGCCGGAGAUCCGAUGUGGGCUCUGCCGCCGUUUGCGGGUUUUGCGGCGCCGGUGUCGCUGCUGCAGGCGCAGCAGCUCGGGGGGAUUGGGGAGGGGCAAUUUGGGAAUUUUGAGGGGUUGAGCGGCGGCGGUGGUUUUCAAUUGACAGGCAAUGUGGGUGGAGUUUCGGAGUCUCCGGCGAGGGGUUCGGAGGACCGGCGUGAUUAUCCCGGCCGGCAUUCUUGA